AUGGCUACACCUUCCGCAAUCCCAAUCAUUACCGGUCCCCGCGACGCCUCCGAAGAACCACCUUCGGCCGCCGACUCGACUGCACCCUCGCAUAAGCUCCCCGCACCCAAGUUCCAGCUUCAAAUCCACGAUCUCCGCCAUCCUGCAUCUCAGUUCUUCCUCACCACCAUCCCCGAUCUCGCAUCCACGCUCGAAACCGCCCUCUGCGCCAUCAUCCAGAAUCUCUACACCCCUCCCACGCCAGAAACCGUCGCCGGCGCCGGAACCCCCGCAGCGAGCGGCAAGAAACGAAAGCACCCACCAACGUUCAAGCCCUCCAUCCCACCAACCCGCUCAGUCACAGUCCUCCUGCGCGACAUUGGCGGCGUCGCAUACACAACGGGCAAGGACCUCGACAACGACCACAAGGAAAUCCACAUCUCCCUCGCGUAUAUCCAGCACUGCCGCACCAAAGCCGAUCCCCUCGCCGAGAUAGUCGGCGUGCUUACUCACGAGCUCGUCCACUGCUACCAGUACGCUGCGCCGCGUGCUACCGUUGACGGCAAGCCCGAUGACUCUACACCCCGUGCGCCGGGCGGCUUGGUCGAGGGCGUUGCGGACUUCGUGCGCCUCAAGGCUGGGUUGAGCCCGCCGCAUUGGACUCGGCCGACCUCUGCCAAGGAGAGACCGGAGAAAUGGGACUCGGGCUACCAACAUACGGCGUACUUCUUGGCGUGGUUGGAGGAUGUCCGGGUUGGUAGGGGAGCAAUAGGCUUGUUGAACGAUCGGCUUUGUCGUGUUGGAUAUGUCGGAAAAGGUAAGUCGAAGGAGGGGGCUGUGGAUGCCGAAGGUAAGAAAAGACACAGCUUCUGGGCGGCUUUAUAUGGGGCCACGAUCGAAGAACUAUGGGAUGACUAUGGUAGCUGGUUGGAUGGUUCCGGCGGCCAUGGAGAUUGGGAAGACGAGAUUGUAAAUCCAUGUGAAACUUAG